AACAAACAAAUUGACAGCAGUAAAAAAAUCAACAAUCUUUUCACUCAUUUUCAUUCGCAUCUCCAAAUCUCCACGUAAAAGGUUCAGUUUUGCAAAUGUUUCGUGUGUUUCGUUACCUUUGAACGCUUUAAAUUGAUCGAACCAUCGGUGGCAGUGACGACAGAGCCAACGGGACCCGAAAACCAUGAAAAUCCACUUCCGCGAGCAAUACGGAUCCAGGGGCGAGGAAAUUCUCUACGUGACCCCUGACAACCAAGAUGCGGUCGUUCGAGUGAACGUUAAAGGCGAAAAACCGAAACUGCGGAAGCGACUGAGCUUGCGGAGGUUUUUCCAGAACCUGUUUCUACCGGCUGGCUAUCCGGACAGUGUGAGCGGGGAUUAUCUGGCCUACCAGAAGUGGGAUACGGUGCAGGCUUUUUGCAGUACAAUAAGCGGUACUCUGACCACCCAUGCAAUAUUGAAAGGCGUCGGAGUUGGAAGUGACGUGGCCAAUCCUCUUUCCGCGACAAUAACUUGGGUACUCAAAGAUGGAAUGGGUCAUUUUGGGCGGAUUAUUUUUGCCUGGUGGAAAGGAACGGAGCUAGAUAUCGAUUCGAAGAAGUGGCGCAUACGAGCGGAUGUGUUGAAUGACCUGGCCAUGGGCAUCGAUCUUUUUGUGUUGCCAUACUACCCGAAAGCUUCGACAUUUAUUCUGUGUGCUACAUCCACCAUGAAAGCCAUCGUAGGCGUGGCAGGUGGAGCCACCAGGUCUGCUCUGACACAGCACCAUGCCCUCAGGGGCAAUCUGGCCGAUGUGGCCUCCAAAGAUAGUGCCCAGGAAACGUGUGUCAAUUUAAUCGCUUCAUUCGCUGGGCUAUUUUUAUUGACGCACGUACAGGAUCAAAGGGUUUUAUAUGGAUUAUUCAUAUUUGUAACGUUACUACAUAUCUACGCCAACAUCAAAGCAGUUAAGGCUGUUUGCUUGCGCACUUUCAACGAAGCCCGCUACCUGAUCGCGCUAGAAGAGUAUUUCAAAUCCGGAACAAUGCUUUCGCCGCAACAGGUGAACAAGCUUGAACGGGUCACCAUCGGACAAACGGUGACUUUGACGGCACGCGUCAAAAUUGGUUGUUCCGCUCGGGAGCUUGCUCAAUAUUAUCGGGUUUGUUACGAUUUGGAGAAUCUGAUGGCAUGCUUCGAUUCGCGGGACAAAUUUCUCAUUGCGGAGACCCGGAACUAUGUCGGAGUGUAUCUGCACUUCACCGCCAAACCGUUGGACAUCAUAAAGUCUUAUUUCUACGUGGCAUCGUACUUGCAAGAUAAGAAUCAACUGCGAGACCGCUAUUGGGAAAUCCAAAACAAGUGGAACGAGUUCCUCAACCUUGCCCAGUGCGAAGGCUGGAACGUCCAGGCGCAUCUACUCAAAACCGACGAGUACCGACUGGACUGGAGGAUAUAAAAGGUAAUGAUAGAUUCCAAACGAGACUUUCGCGGCACCUCAACGAACGAAAUUUUAAUAUAGCACCCUAAGAAUAUUCAGAAACGAUAGAUUUUAACGGGAAAAUUGCGCAAUUACAAAAAAAUAAUACUACUGAAA